UUACCUUUUAGUAGAACCGUGCUGGUUGGUUUUAUUUUUUGGAGUUCAUUUUAUGGUCUACCACACUUUGACACAAGGAAUGUUCGUUGUCUUUGUUGAUGGAGAAUCGUGGCCAGUAUUUGCUAAAUGAUCUAGGGUUACUUUUUGCUGGGUGCAGGCAUAUUGGGGUCAGCUUACUGCUGUUUGUUGCCGGAGUGACAUUGCUUGUAUAACUUCUGUGGUGAACCAAGGCAUGCUGUGUGCUGGAUCGUGACCUACAGUCUGAGUUUUUAUUUUGUUUCUGUCUUUGAAGACGAGGGUACCUCUGCACUCUUGAAAUGGCUCACCGGUUCUUGCUACUCGCUAGAGAGGCGGGAGCCCGUGCAAUAUAUUCUCCGCAAGUUGGCAGUUUGUUGAGACUUCAGAGCUACCACCCUAAGUAUUUCAGAACAUUUGAUGCCUGGGAGUUUCAUCCUGAAUUGAAACUGGUAUCUUUCUACCAACGACUGUGUUCCAAGCCUCCUAAAGGAUUCGAUAAGUAUUUCCAAAACAGCAGUAACACUCCAGACUCAAAGAGAUCAGAUGGUCUUGACUCAAAAGAACCUCUACCCAAAGGAAAUGAUAGUGGUGGUGGAGGAAAAGGAAAUGAAAGUGGAGGAAAAAGAGGAGGAAAGAAAGACAAUGCCAGUUGGUGGAGCCGUAUGCUUAAGGGUGAUUUUCCAUGGGACGAUAAGGAUUUCCGCAUGCUGAUUAUUGGUGUUGCUGGAUUUGCCUCUGGAUUUUUAUAUCUUUAUUUCCGAGAUCCAGGACGGGAAAUAACAUGGAAGGAUUUUGUACACGGCUACUUGUCUAGGGGAUUGGUUGAUCGUUUGGAAGUGGUGAACAAGCAGUUUGUUCGGGUGAUUCCUGUUCCAGGAAUGGCUACAGCUGAGUCGCGGUAUGUUUGGUUUAAUAUUGGCAGCGUUGACACCUUCGAGAGGAACUUGGAAGCAGCACAGUUAGAGCUCAAUAUUGAACAGGCAAGCAGAGUUGCGGUGGUUUACACAACGGAGAGUGAUGGUUCAUUUCUACUUAGUAUGGUUCCAACUUUGCUACUUGUUGGAUUCUUGUUGUACUCUCUGAGACGGAGUCCAAUUGCGGGAGGACGUGGAGGACGAGGGGGAGGACUCUUCAACAUUGGUGAGACAACAGCCAAAAUGUUGAAAGAUAACAUAGAUGUGAAGUUUCGAGAUGUGGCAGGAUGUGAGGAAGCAAAAGUGGAAAUUAUGGAGUUUGUGAAUUUCCUGAAAAACCCCAAACAGUAUCAAGAACUGGGAGCUAAAAUUCCAAAGGGAGCGAUCCUUACAGGACCUCCAGGUACUGGGAAGACACUUUUGGCAAAAGCAACAGCAGGAGAGGCCAAUGUUCCAUUUAUUACAGUAAAUGGGUCAGAAUUCUUGGAAAUGUUUGUUGGUGUUGGUCCUGCCAGGGUGAGGGAUAUGUUUGCAAUGGCUCGAAAACAUGCUCCGUGUAUCCUGUUUAUCGAUGAGAUUGAUGCAGUUGGUCGAAAGCGUGGACGUGGGAACUUUGGUGGUCAGAGUGAGCAAGAAAACACACUGAACCAGCUUUUAGUGGAGAUGGAUGGUUUUAACACCAGCUCAAAUGUUGUAAUCCUUGCAGGGACAAACCGCCCCGAUAUCCUUGAUCCUGCACUUUUGAGACCUGGACGCUUUGAUCGUCAGAUUUACAUUGGUCCACCAGACAUUAAAGGCCGAGCCUCUAUCUUUAAGGUUCAUCUACGACCACUCAAACUGGAUACUAGUAUUGGAAAAGAACCCCUGGCAAAGAAGUUAGCUGCUUUAACUCCAGGUUUUACUGGAGCUGAUAUUGCCAAUGUCUGCAAUGAAGCAGCACUAAUUGCCGCUCGUCAUUUACAGGAGGCCAUCACUGAGAAGCACUUUGAACAAGCAAUUGAACGUGUGAUUGGUGGACUGGAGAAGAAGACUCAAGUUCUCCAACCAGCAGAGAAGAUGACAGUUGCAUACCAUGAAGCUGGCCAUGCCAUUGUUGGCUGGUUCCUUGAGCAUGCUGAUCCUCUACUAAAGGUUUCGAUAAUUCCCCGAGGAAAGGGACUGGGGUAUGCACAGUAUUUACCUAAGGAGCAGUACCUCUACACUCGAGAGCAGCUUUUUCACCGGAUGUGCAUGAUGCUUGGUGGACGAGUAGCAGAGCAAAUAUUUUUUGGACGCAUCACUACUGGAGCCCAAGAUGACUUGAAGAAAGUGACCCAAAGUGCCUAUGCCCAGAUUGUCCAGUUUGGAAUGAGUGAAAAGUUGGGCCAAGUUUCUUUUGACCUGCCACGGCAAGGUGAUAUGGUGCUGGACAAACCGUAUAGUGAAGCCACUGCAAAGAUAAUUGAUGAAGAAGUCCGAAACCUCAUCAGCUCUGCUUAUGAGCAUACCAUGAAGUUAUUAGUAGAGAAGCGUGAGGAAGUAGAAAAGGUUGGAAAACGUUUGUUGGAGAAGGAGGUUUUGGAUAAGGCAGACAUGGUUGAACUCCUUGGUGCACGUCCGUUUGCUGAAAAAUCUACUUAUGAGGAGUUUGUGGCAGGGACAGGAAGCUUAGAGGAGGACACCUCUCUCCCUGAAGGGCUGAAAGACUGGAAUCGUGACAGAGAGGAGGUAGAAGAGAAAAUGGCUGAUGUAAAGACUGCAUAAUAUAUGGGGUCUACCCUUUCUGCACUACCAGUAAUCUUGAACUACUUACUCCACCACCACUACCACCAAAGAAAUGCAGCAUUACCUUUGAAAGAUGACCAGUUUGAGUGUUAUAAAGGAAUCAAGUUCAUAUAUUUUCACUAGCAGUAGCCCAGAGGUGUCAUAGCGAAAGUGACUAGUAUUGCAACAAGAGAUUGUCAUACCUGUGGCUAUACAUGAUGUAUUACAGCUGUAUAUCAGAAACAGUGAUGUAACUCAUUUUCCUUAGGGAGAGUGCACCCUUUGCAGCUUUUGUCAAGAUUCUACUGGUGUGCACUUUAUUUUGGUUUGCACUGGGAAGGCUAAUAGUUGGGCCUUACCUUUGAUAACCCAUGAAAUGUACUUCAGACAGCAUUUUGCUGUAUUUAUACAGUGCCUAUUGCAGCUGAACUCAGAGAGCUAAUUCUGUUAUUUCUGUAACAGCACUACAGCUUGUUUAAUAGAGACAGGACGUGUACGUUCUCUCUUGUCAGAUGUACAUGUUUUUAACAGGUGCAAACAAAGCUUUAUUGUGUACAUUUUUCAUUAAAAAGGUAACCUGGAAUACCUUUA